AAAAUGGCCGAUCUAAAUAAAGAGCUCAACGAGUAUCUUCUUAGCAGUAAAAAUGAGAAACAAUACAAAUUACCAUCGGUAUCAAUUCCCAAGCCAAAUAUUGGAAAAUGGCUGGGCAGGAGUACAGAAGAGAAACAGGAAUCAGGAUGGCUGAGGGAGACGCAAAGGGAGUGUUGUCCUACCAUGACGAGAUUACAAAGAUUAUCUGCUUUCGGACUGUGCUUUGUGAUGGGCAUUAUGUGUUUUUGUUUGUCCGCCCUGUAUGUACCAGUUCUCCUGUUGAAAGCUAGGAAAUUCGCUCUACUGUACUCAUUGGGAAGUUUAUUUUUUUUGAUGAGCUUUGCUUUUCUGUGGGGGCCAAUGAAUUACAUGAGAUCACUCUUUUCGAAAGAAAGAAGGUAUUUCUCUCUCAUAUAUUUUUCAACUUUAACGGGGACUCUGUACUUUGCUUUACAUUUGCAAUCAACUCCACUGACUGUUUUGUGCGCUAUAUUGCAACUCAUUGCAAUGUUGCAAUUUUUGAUAAGUCACAUACCAGGUAGUACGAUGGGACUAAUGUUUUUCACAAGACUGUUCAAAUCUUCGGUUAGCUCGACACUACCAGUUUGAUAACAGUGAUACUCAUAUAAUUUUUAC